AUGCGUUCGUUUAUGAGCCUGAUGGGCGCAGACCCGUCGCAAGACCGGCUACACGCCUUCGAAACCUCCUGGCUCUUCUCGCCCUUCGUCCUCGGAUGCAUUCGAGCCCUCCUCUCGCUCUACUCGUUCACGACCAUAUUCUUCAUCUUUGGCUGGCAGGGCACACAUGGCCAGUCAGUCAACAGCCGGCGCUCGUUCAGCUACUUCACCAACUUGAGCUACUGGGGGAUCGCUUUCUACCUCUUAGUUGCGGCGAUUCACAGCUUUGUCUACUCGAGAACAGGGCGAUCUCUGUUUUUUGAGAAGACGCCGCGCUUCCUGCGCGCGCUGCAUAGUCUUCUAUACACGACCGUCGUUGUCUUCCCGUUUGUUGUGACGAUAGUAUACUGGGCGCUUCUCUUCAACGGGACAUGGUUUCCAGACGUUUUUAACGCAUGGUCAAACAUUUCUCAGCAUGCGAUGCAAUCGGGGUUUGCCCUUUUCGAGCUCAUUUUCCCGGCCACACAGCCUCUUCCGCUCCUCCACUUGCCUUUCCUCUACCUCCUGCUACUCCUAUAUCUUUCUCUGGCAUAUCUCACCCACGCGACACAGGGGUUCUAUACAUACUCUUUCCUUGACCCUGGCAUCCACGGUGAACAUAACGGUCGUGUGACAGGCUAUUCAUUUGGAAUUGCAGCAGCAGCCACUGUCUUAUUCGGCGUAUGUUGGUUUAUUAUUUGGCUACGAAGACGUCUGACCGGUGAUAAGAGGAUACUUGCGUCACCCACUUCGACAACUGGGGAUGAAGAGAUGGCAAUGAGGAUAAGGAAAUAA